UCAAGGACCCGCUCCAGCUGACCUCUAACCCCCUGGGGCCGCCUGAGCCCCGGUCUUCCGGCGCCUCCCAUCUCCCAUGGGAAUCUCCCCAUGCGCCCACUCCCCCGGGAGACCCGGGGGACUUUGAUUACCUGGGGCCCUCUGCUUCCUCGCAGAUGUCAGCCCCACCCCGGGAAUCGACUGCCUCCAGAACUCCGGGUGAACUCAGAUGAGCCUCCAGGGCCCCCUGAGCGAGUUGGACUUUCUCAAUUCCAUCUAGAACCUGAAACUCAAAAUCCAGAGACGCUUGAACACAUCCAAUCCUCUUCACUCCAGCAAAAAGCCCCAGGGCAGCUUCCACAGCUCCCUGAGGAGGAAGAACCUUCUUCCACCCAGCAGGAGGCCCCAGCUCUGCCUCCAGCAUCCUCUAUGGAGAGUCUAACUCUACCGAAUCGUGAGGUGACAGUUCAGCCUCCAGGUGAGGAUCAAGCUCAUUAUAACUUGCCCAACAUUACAGUUAAACCUGCAGAUGUGGAGGUUACCAUAACUUCAGAGCCUACCAAGGAGACAGAAUCUUUCCAAGCCCAGCAGGAGGCCCCGAUUCAGUUUCCAGAGGAGGCGGAACCUUCUGCAACCCAACAGGAGCCCCCAACUGAGCUUGCAGGUCCUCCUAUGGAGCAUGAACUUUCCCCCAGUGAGCAGGAGCAGCCAGCUCAGCCUUCUGAGUCUUCUGGGGAGGUGGAGUUUUCUCCAGCCCUGCAGGAGACCCCAGCUCAGCCCUCAGAACAUCAUGAAGUCACAGUUUCACCUCCAGGUCACCAUCAAACUCAGCACUCAGUUUUGCCCAACAUCUCUGUUAAGCCUCCAGACAUGCAGCUCACCAUAGCAACAGAGCCUAGUGCAGAGGUGGGAACUUCUCCAGUCCUCCAGGAGGCUACAGCUCAGCUCUCAGGGCCAGGUAAUGAUGCAGAACCUCUCGCCAUCCAGCACGGGGGCCCACCUCUGCCUCCAGAGUCACUGGAAGAGGCUGGACCUUCAGCAAUUCAACAGACUUCAGUUCAAUCUCCGGAACCUGUUAAUAAUGAGAACCCCUCUCCAACCCAGCAGGAGGCUGCAGCUGAGCAUCCACAGACCGCUGAGGAGGGUGAGUCUUCUCUAACCCAGCAGGAGGCCCCAGCUCAGACUCCAGAGCUCCCUAAUGUAGUUGUAGCUCAACCUCCAGAGCAUUCAAACCUGACUCAAGCCACAGUUCAACCUUUGGACCUGGGACUUACCAUCACUCCAGAACCCACUACAGAGGUUGGACAUUCUACACCCCUGAAGAAGACUCUAGUUCCUCCAAAGCAUCCUAAGGUGACACUUCUACAUCCAGACCAGGUUCAGACUCAGCAUUCACACCUGACUCAAGCCACAGUUCAACCUUUGGAUCUAGGGUUUACCAGCACUCCAGAAUCCACGACAGAGGUUGAACCCUCAACAGCCCUAACGACUACAGCUCCUCCUCCAGAACACCCUGAGGUGACACUUCCACCUUCAGACAAGGGUCAGGCUCAGCAUUCACACCUGACUCAAGUCACAGUUCAACCUCUAGCCCUGGAGCUUACCAUAACUACAGAACCUACUACAGAGGUUAAACCAUCUCCAACCACAGAGGAGAACUCAACUCAGCCUCCAGACCCGGGGCUUGCUGUAACUCCAGAGCCCACUACAGAGACUGGACAUUCUACAGCCCUGGAGACGACUACAGCUCCUCGUCCAGACCAGGUUCAGACUCUGCAUCGAAAACUGACUGAAGUCACAGGUCCACGUACUGAACUAGAACCUACUCAAAAUUCAUUGGUACAGUCUGUAACUUUCGCCCAAAAUAAGACUUUAACUGCAUCAGAGGAACAGAAGGCCUCCACAAGCACCAACAUAUGUGAACUCUGUACCUGCGGAGAUGAGACACUGUCAUGUAUUAAUCUCAGCCCAAAGCAGAGGCUCCGCCAAGUGCCUGUGCCAGAGCCCAACACCUACAAUGGCACCUUCGCCAUCUUAAAUUUCCAAGGAAACUAUAUUUCGUACAUUGAUGGAAAUGUAUGGAAAGCAUACAUUUGGACCGAGAAACUAAUUCUCAAUGAAAAUUAUUUGACUGAAUUACAUAAGGAUUCAUUUGAAGGCCUGCUAUCCCUCCAGUAUUUAGAUUUAUCCUGCAAUAAAAUACAGUCUAUUGAAAGACGUACAUUUGAACCACUACCAUUUUUGCAGUUUACAAAUCUUGGUUGCAAUUUACUCACAGAACUGAGCUUUGGAACAUUUCAGGCCUGGCACGGAAUGCAGUUUUUACACAAGUUAAUUCUCUAUCGCAAUCCUCUCACCACUGUUGAAGAUCCGUAUCUCUUUAAAUUGCCAGCAUUAAAAUAUCUAGACAUGGGAACAACGCAAGUCCCACUUACAACACUUAAGAACAUUCUCACGAUGACUGUUGAACUGGAAAAACUGAUCUUACCUAGCCGUAUGGCCUGCUGCCUCUGCCAAUUUAAAAACAGCAUUGAGGUUGUCUGCAAGACAGUCAAGCUGCAUUGCAACAGUGCAUGUCUGACAAACACCAUACAUUGUCCUGAAGAAGCAUCUGUAGGGAAUCCAGAAGGAGCGUUCAUGAAGGUGUUACAAGCCCGGAAGAAGCACACGAGCACUGAGCUGACUAUUGAGCCGACGCCCUCAGACAGCAGUGACAUCAACUUGUCAGGCUUUGGGAGUGAGCAGCUAGACACCAAUGACGAGAGUGAGGUUAUCAGUGCACUAAGUUACAUCUUGCCGUAUUUCUCAGCAGGAAAUCUAGAUGCGGAAUCAAUAUUGUUACCGUUCACUAAACUGCUUUUUGCAAAUGUGCAAGAUCGCGAUAGGCCCCUGAGUAUUUUGAAAAACAAUACAAACAGCCCUUCUCUUCAACCUGCAUCCAACAACUCAACUUAUGAAAAUAAAUUGAGAAAGCUAUAUUUGCUAGAAAAGACACUAAAUGCGGAAAAACAAGAAAAAAUCAAUGAAGUUAAAAGGGACAAAAAAACUGCCAUGCUUAUGCAGUCCAGCCUUCUAGGUAACAAAUUUAAACGCCAAUUAUUUGAAAAGAAAUUAGAAACUGUCCAACCACAGGAAAACAGCCUGGCAAAGAUUCAAAGUGUAGGCAACAACCUGCAGAGAGUGAACAGAGUCCUCACGGGCCCAAGGAGCAUCCAGAAAAGGCACUUCAAAGAGGUGGGAAAGCAGAGCACCAGGAGGGAAGAGGGUGCGCAGGCAUUUGUGGAGAGCGCUGCCCAAGAAAAAAGGCUCGGGAGCCCGGUCUCAAGGGAGCUGGAACAGCCUCACACAGAGCAGGGGCGUGAGAAGUUAGUGGGAAACACCGUCUACACCAAGCCUUCGUUCACCCAAGAGCUUAACGCAGCAGUCUCCUCUGUGCUGAAACCCUUCUCCAUGGGCGAGCCUUCUGCCUCCACCCCUGCAAAAGCCCUACCUGAGGUCAGAGACAGAUCAAAAGACUUAACCCAUGCCAUUUUCAUUUUAGAAAAUGCAAAGGCUAGAGUUAAAAGUAUGAAGGCUGCUAAACCAAUCAUACAUUCCAGAAAAAACUACCGCUAUCAUAAAACUCGCUCCCGCGUGGCCCACACAACACCCAAGGUCAAAAAGAUUAGAAAGUUGAGAAAGGAAAGUUAUCUCGAUAGACUGAUGCUUGCAAAGAGGCCGCUGUUCUCUGCAGCGAAGAGCCUCAUAAAUUCCCUUUCACAAGGGACUUUUUCAUCUUUAGGAGACUGGAGUCCUCAGGAAAAUCCUUUUCCUAAACUAUUUGAUCCUUCAGAACGUGUUAUAGAGGACACUAAUGUAAAGAACACAACUGCAAGAAAUGCCUCUGAAGAAAACAUUUUUAUGGAAAACACUACUAUGCCGGAAGGCACCAUCUCUGAAAACACAACCUACAAUCCUCCUCCUGAGGCAGAUUCCGCUGGGACUGCGUUCAACUUAGGGCCAGCUGUUAAACGAACUAAUCAGACACAAUGGGAAUACAACAAUGUGGGCACUGACCUGUCCCCCGAGCCCAAAAGCUUCAAUUACCUGUUGCUCUCGUCUGCAGGUGAUCAGUUUGAAAAUCAGCUAACCGAGCAGCUACGGUCCCUCAUCCCCAACAACAAUGUGAGAAAGCUCAUUUCUCAUGUAAUCCGGACCUUAAAGAUGGACUGCUCUGACACCCGUGUGCAACUGACCUGUGCCAAGCUCAUCUCCAGGACAGGCCUCCUGAUGAAGCUUCUCCGUGAGCAGCAGGAAGUAAAGGCGUCCAAGGCAGAAUGGGAUACGGAACAGUGGAAAACUGAGAACUAUAUUAAUGAGAGCAUGGAAGCCCAGAGUGAACAGAAAGAGCAGAAGUUGAGUGAGCUCACGAAAGAAGUUCCAGGAUAUGGCUAUAACAACAAACUCAUCUUGGCAUUAUUUGUGACCGAAAUUCUAACGACUUUAAUUAUAAUUUGCUGCCUCAUUGAGAUUCGUUGGAAGAAGAGAAGGGCAUCAAAGGAAGAUAACUUGAGCCCAAGCUAAGUCGUCUGGAUGACCUGGAGCCGUGUUUGAAAAAUUUUAUUGUUAAGUAUUGUUUUUUACUGAUUAAAUCAAUGAUAACAUUCUUUA